AUGUGGUUUUGCUACAUUAUAUUGGCUCUUGCAUUGAGUAAUCAUAUCGUGACGGCGGAUAUAGAAGAUCGCAGGCGCUUCUCAAAUCCAACAUAUUACAAUGUGGGAGGGGUCCUGUCGAGUAACGAGUCAGUCGCUUUCUUCAAGGAUACUAUCUCGAAUCUUAAUUUCAAAGACCAAUAUGUUCCUCGGGGUGUAACAUAUCAUGACUACUCAAUUUUGAUGGACCCCAACCCUAUAAAAACAGCUUUGAAUGUUUGCAAGGAUUUAAUUGGACAUCGUGUGUACGCCGUCAUCGUGUCACAUCCAUUAACAGGAGAGCUCUCGCCAGCAGCUGUAUCGUAUACGAGCGGUUUCUAUCACAUCCCAGUCAUAGGAAUUUCGUCAAGGGAUUCUGCUUUCUCUGAUAAAAAUAUACAUGUGUCGUUUUUACGUACAGUGCCACCGUAUUCGCAUCAGGCGGACGUGUGGGUUGACGUACUUAAACAUUUUAAUUACAUGAAAGUUAUUGUCAUUCAUAGUUCUGAUACAGACGGUAGAGCCAUUCUUGGAAGGUUCCAAACUACCUCUCAAAGUAUAGAUGAAGACGUAGAUCGUAAAGUAGUCGUUGAGCAGGUGAUUGAAUUUGAGCCUGGUUUGGAUUCGUUUAGCGACCGCUUGAUCGAUGUCAAGAGCGCCCAAGCUAGAGUCUUCCUCAUGUAUGCUAGUAAGACUGACGCGGAAAUAAUAUUCCGUGAUGCCACGUACCUCAAUAUGACAACCACGGGUUACGUGUGGAUGGUGACGGAGCAGGCAUUGGACGCCGCAAAUGCACCUGAAGGUCUGCUUGGGUUGCGCCUGGUCAAUGCUACUAAUGAACAUGCCCAUAUACAAGAUUCCAUCUAUGUAUUAGCGUCUGCGAUACGUGACAUGAACACCUCUGAAGAGAUUCAUGCCCCUCCAUCUGACUGUGACAACUCAGGCUCUAUUUGGACAACUGGACGAUUGCUAUUCGACUACAUUCGUCGGCAAAGUUUAGAGAAUGGUGCUACUGGACACGUGGCAUUUGACGAUCACGGCGAUAGAGUUCACGCGGAGUAUGACAUGGUGAACGUUAGGGCACAGGGCGAACAUGUUGCAGUUGGGAAAUAUUUUUAUUCUAAGGAAACCCAAAAGAUGCGUCUGGAACUGAAGGAGCACGAGAUCAUUUGGAUGGGCCGAAGUUUAUCGAAGCCUGAAGGGUUUAUGAUACCGACUCACCUCAAGGUGUUGACAAUAGAAGAGAAACCAUUUGUGUACGCGCGUCGUAUCUUCGACGACAGUGAUUGCACACCUGAAGAAAUACCUUGUCCACAUUACAACGCUAGUGAUGACAUUGACUAUAUGUUUUGCUGCAAGGGUUUCUGCAUAGACCUGUUACGCUAUUUAUCGAAGGCAAUCAAUUUCACGUACUCGCUCGCGCUCUCACCAGACGGGCAGUUCGGAAAUUACAUCAUACGUAAUUUAUCCGCACCAGGAGCAAAAAAAGAAUGGACGGGGCUUAUAGGUGAACUGGUUUACGAACGCGCUGAUAUGAUAGUUGCCCCUUUGACAAUAAAUCCCGAACGUGCAGAAUUCAUUGAGUUCAGUAAACCGUUUAAGUAUCAGGGUAUAACCAUAUUGGAAAAGAAGCCAUCUCGCUCAUCAACUUUAGUAUCAUUCUUGCAACCGUUCUCCAACACACUCUGGAUAUUAGUGAUGGUGUCGGUGCACGUGGUGGCACUGGUGCUAUACCUGCUUGAUAGAUUCUCACCUUUCGGAAGGUUUAAAUUGGCGAACAUUGACGGUACAGAGGAGGACGCUUUGAAUCUUUCUAGUGCUAUUUGGUUUGCGUGGGGCGUGCUACUGAAUAGUGGUAUCGGAGAAGGCACCCCGCGCAGUUUCUCCGCGCGAGUGCUCGGUAUGGUAUGGGCCGGAUUUGCGAUGAUCAUCGUAGCGUCGUACACAGCUAACUUGGCCGCUUUUCUCGUGCUUGAACGCCCGAAGACAAAGCUGACUGGAAUAAACGAUGCAAGACUACGUAACACAAUGGAAAAUCUAACGUGUGCGACGGUAAAGGGCUCGGCAGUAGAUAUGUAUUUUAGACGCCAAGUUGAACUGUCCAAUAUGUACAGGACUAUGGAAGCCAACAACUAUGAUAAUGCUGAACAGGCCAUUCAAGACGUGAAAAACGGGAAACUUAUGGCAUUUAUUUGGGACUCCUCUCGUCUAGAAUUCGAAGCCGCACAGGACUGUGAACUGGUAACCGCUGGUGAAUUAUUUGGUCGAUCGGGAUAUGGAGUUGGUUUGCAAAAGGGAUCCCCAUGGGCGGACUUAGUCACUCUAGCAAUCCUAGAUUUUCAUGAAAGUGGUAUCAUGGAGUCUCUAGACAACCAAUGGAUACUUCGUAACAAUAUGCUCAAUUGCGAAGAAAACGAAAAAACACCGAACACUUUGGGUCUGAAAAACAUGGCGGGAGUAUUCAUUCUCGUUGCUGCUGGCAUUGUUGGCGGGAUAGUGCUGAUUAUCAUUGAAGUUGUAUAUAAGCGCCACCAAAUACGAAAACAGAAGAGGAUGGAGAUAGCUCGCCACGCGGCCGACAGGUGGCGCGGCACCGUUGAGAAACGGAAGUCGUUGCGAGCAUCGAUACUGCCAUCUCAGCGUCGUGCAAAGUCUAACGGAUUUAAAGAAGCCGGGACUAUUAGUUUGGUGGUGGAUAGAAGUGCAAGAAGACGUGAUGAGCCUCGCGUGCCAAGAUAUUUGCCAGCUUACACUCCUGAUGUAUCCCACCUUGUAGUUUAA